AUGAAUAGGGUAUCGGGGGUAUCGGGUUUCUCGUUAUUGCCGGAAGGUUGCAUAUCGGAGAUAAUAGCAUUGACAUCACCCAGAGAUGCUGGCAGGGCAUCGGCGAUCUCAUCGGCGUUCAAGUCGGCCGCCGAGUUUGACAGCGUGUGGGAGAAAUUCCUGCCGUCGGAUUAUCCGGAGAUCAUAUCGAGGUCCGUAUCUCCGGUGGUUUACUCCACCAAAAAGGAACUAUACUUUCUCCUCUGUGACACUCCCAUCCUCCUUGAUGGAAGUAAUCUGAGCUUCAUGCUGAAUAAAUGGAGCGGGAAAAAAUGUUAUAUGCUACAAGCAAGAGAGCUUUCGAUUGUGUGGGGAGAUACUCCAGACUACUGGGAAUGGACUUCUUUGCCUGAAUCGAGAUUUCCUGAGGUGGCUGAGCUCCUGCGUGUAUGUUGGCUUGCUAUUGGAGGCAAGAUGCAAACUCAGAUGCUAUCCCCAAAGACCACCUAUGCAGCUUACCUUGUCUUUAAACUUGCAGAGUGGAACCAUGGGCUUGAUGUCCCGUCAAAGGCAUCGGUUGGAUUUGUUGCGGAAGGCCAAGAAGGAGCUGAAGAUUCGAACCACACAGUUUACUUGAAAUUGGCAACAGAUAGACCUCAACCUUUGCGAGGAUUGCGUAGACGUGCAGCUAGACAACCCAAUGGUCGGCUUCCGCAGAAGAGAGUAGAUGGGUGGAUGGAGAUUGAGUUGGGGGAGUUUUUCAAUGAUCUUGGAGAUGAGGGUGAAGUGGAGAUGCAAUUAAAUGAGACCCAACAGGGUCAUUGGAAGACUGGUCUCAUUGUGGAGGGCAUUGAGCUUCGGCCUAAAGAGGAGAAAUAAAUUGAAAAGAUAAACAUGCACAUAGUUUUAUCUAUUUAUGCGUUGUGUUGAAUGAUGUGGUGUUCUCAUUUUCUGGUUAGUCUUGCACUCUAUAUGCUUUUGGUUGAAUUCUGCACUAAUUUUGGGCUUUUAAUACUUGUAUUACCGUUAGUUAAUGUACAUGUGCUAUGCACAUGAACUAUUUCUAAUAAUAUUCUAUGUU